AUGUCGGCAGCCGUGAUCGGACAGCUGUUGUCGGCAUGCGCCGGUGCUUACUCGGCGGCUUCGUCGGCUGUCUGGUGGGCCGCGUCCUUGCCGCCGACGUGCAGGGAAAGCAUGGCUCACGCAGCCCUUACUUGCAGCGGAGCGACGCCCCGGUACUUCACCCCGGGCUUUGGGCCUCUUGCUCUCGGGUGGGGUUGGCUUGUCGUGGGCGUGCUCAUCGGCCUUCUUUCCCGGCGAGCUGUGAGUGCGGUCGUCGCGCUAGCGGGCGGUCGCCCAUCGCCACACACCCCGUCAAACUGGGAGGCCCUGAUGUGCGAGCUCGCGGCCCGCACCCAGGACCCGCACCGGCACGAGGUGUUGCAGUACAUACUGCAAGGCGGCGACACGGCGUUGGACGAACUCUCGCAGGCAUCAGGUCGCACGUCGGCCCCUUUGCUGGCUCACCUUCUCGCCGACGAUGCGGUCGCCGAUGGUGCGGCGGGCGGCACCAGCGUCCACAAAGCUGACGCCUCACCCCUGCCAUGGCAGGCUCCAGAUGCGCUCACGGGCGCGAUGGCACCAGACGCAGCAGGAGAGGCGACACCGGGCUUCACGCCGCCAUCAACACCGCCGGUGACGGAUGAGGGCGGAGCAUGCACCGGCUACGAUGCUCGGCAGGUCGUGCCUCCUACCAGCGGCGUCGCGCCACUACCAUGGCAGGAUGCUCGCCCGCCGAGCUCAGCGCCCGGCGAGCGCAAUUCCUGGCUGUAUAUCCCUUGGUUGCACGCGGGGGCCGGUAACUUGAGCGCGAGUGCCUGGCAUGCCUGGCGAACACCUCCGGUUCUCGGAUCCCGGUUCGAGGAGCUGGCAGCAAAGCUACAGAGGGCCGCCAGCCGCUACGGCAGCGGCGCUGGCCCGGUUGCCCGAUGCGCCCAUGCCUUGCUCGAGUCUUACGCUGGUGCGGCGGCUGCGGCAGCCGCGCGGGCUCUGGCCGACGACGUGCGCGCCGCGCCCAUAGCAGCGGACCAAGCAAGGCGUUCGCCUCCGCUCCGACGGGGUCGCCGACGAGCACGCCGCCGCAACGCGCUUAGCGACAACUCGGCACCCCCGCCAAGCGAAGAAGGCGAGGGUGGAGUGCCCGUGUGCCCCGCGAAUGCCGAGGCCCCGGACACCAUGCACGCUUCGGCAAGUGUUCCCGAAACAGCCUGGGCCACGGUUGAUGCAGUUGACUUGGUGGCGGAGUUGCGAUGUCCCGUGCCCACGUUGCAAGACGUACCGCCUUUCAUGCGACCAGCGAUUCGGACGGCGUUGGUCACUGCACUGAGCCGCAUACGCACGGCGAGCCGCUUCCAGCUUCCGCAAAUCGGGCGCGCAGAGUGCGGAUGCCGAGACCCUCGCUGA